AAGCUCAGAGAAAGAGGAGACAGCGGCACUUUCAGCGCGGAAUUCAUCUCAGAAACAACACAAGAAGGUUUCACACCGACAUGGGAAAAGAAGCCUCAGUCUCCUUGUAAGAUGUAUCCUCACCACAGAGAAAGGGAGCAGCCGAUCUUCAGCGCCCGGGCCCAUGUUUUCCAGAUCGACCCCACCACCAAGAGGAACUGGAUCCCCGCCAGCAAGCAUGCAGUCUCCGUGUCUUUCUUUUAUGAUGCGAACCGCAAUGUCUACCGCAUCAUCAGCGUGGGUGGGACCAAGGCGAUUAUCAACUGCACCGUCACACCCAGCAUGACAUUUACCAAGACGUCCCAGAAGUUUGGUCAGUGGGCCGACAGCAGGGCCAACACUGUCUACGGUCUGGGCUUUGCUACAGAGCAACAGCUGCACCAGUUUUCAGAGAAGUUUAAGGAGGUGAAAGAUGCAGCUCGUCUGGCACGAGAGAAGUCGCAGGAUAAAGAACUGGCCAACACAGCCCUAACCAUCGCUGCUCCUCAGUUCUCACAGGACCUCUCGGACGAACUCCAGUCUCCACCGGUGAUGUGUGUGAACGGACCAGAGGAUAAGCUUUUCCGCAGCCAAAGCGCAGACAUCACCCUGUCUUCUGAGAAGGAGCGCAUUAAAAAGAUGCUCUCUGAAGGGUCUAUUUGUGAGAUGAACCUGGAAGCUGAGCUCUUCACCCUGCAGGACAGCAACUCCAAGUUGGUGGCAGCUUUGCAUGAGGCUAAUGCUAACGUGGAGCAGUGGAAGAAACAGCUGGCGGCAUAUCAGGAGGAGACAGAGAGGCUCAGAGAUCAGGUGGCAGACUUGGAGGCCCACGGAGGCCAUGGCCCUAGUGACCUGCUGAAGGAUGAGCUGACCCAGUCUCUGGAGGAGCUGGAGGCCCUGUUGAAGGCCAAAGAUGAGGAAAUUCACAUUUUGCAAAGCAAGAAAGCAGAGUACCAUGAGAUGGAACAUGAUCGGGACGAGGCUAUACACAGACUGCAGGAGAUGGAGAUGCGUAACUCGGAUUUAGAGCGGCGCAUCCAGAACACAGAGCAAAACUUGAGUAACUCUCUGGAGGACCGAGAUCGCACGGACAACGAGAUCCAAAGGGCUGUCGAAAUACUGGACAUCAAGAUCUUUGACCUUAAUGACCUCCGCCAGAGCCUGGUUAAACUCAUCGACAAGUAAAAAGGAAAAAUGGAGAAAUGCAACCCACGAGAGAGAUGGAACAGACUGACAGGGUUGAAGUUGCCAUGGCGGACGCAGCGGGGAGUAAACACAACAAGAUGGAGCUGGUCCCUGUCCUCUUCAAGCACAAGAACCAUCUCAGCUGCAGGAAGGUUACUCCAUGUCUGUGCCGCAGCAGUGGCUGUGCCGUACUCAACAACAUACUGUAGAUGUUGGCCUAAGCAGCGGCUAUUGCUUGUCCAAUCUAAUGUAACGCUUCGUGUUGCUUUCAAGGGUUAACAUUCAAUGCAAUAAGCCAACUUUAAGGUAAGUGCUUAAGAGUGCUAGAUGUUUAAUAUUGAGACUUGGUGCUUGUAGUUUUUCAUAAGUAUGACUUUUGUAUUAAAAAAAAACACAGUGGAAAUACAGUGUCAAUAUGAAUGAUAAGAGGCCUUGUUUUUUCAACUGACAGGUGAUAUUUACAACAAAAUGAAUCCAUGCAAAUAGGGAAAGGAACCAUAUACUGAGUGAAAAGUGAAUUAAAAAGGGACAAAAUUACUUAGAAUAUUUGCCUAUUUAACAGCCUGCAUACAAGACAAUAGUUAAUUACUAUUAAUUCACAUUGUAAUGUGUGUUUGUAGCCGCUCAUUCAUAAUGUAGCAGCUAUAAUAUCAAACAAAUACUGAACAUAGUAAGUUGAGUACACUUGUACAAAGUGAAAGACACAGUGGUUGAGGCCGGCGCUUUUCCACAGGAAUAAGUAAGAACAUUAUGCAAGGUCAGUAAAAUAGUCAAAAAAGGCAUGGACACACGACUUGAACUUAAGAUAGUAGAUCUGAAUAUUGACACCAAAGAUCAAAUGUGAGAGUCAUUGAUAAGGUCUUUCAACAGCUAUUAUCACUUCCUUAUUUAAUCUCAUAAGGAAUCUUUAGCACUAAGAUAACUCACAAUAACUUAAAUAAUAAGUACGUUAACAGACGAGACAUAUUAAAUAAUUACAUUUAGAAUAAAUAAGUGUUUUCCAAAUGAUAUAACUCAAUAAUGCUAUAAUGUUAUUAUGUAUUAAGAAGUUUAAGUCAUCACUUAGUCUUACAGAUAAGUUUAACUGAUAUUCGGACUGGUUCGGUCUGAAUAAUUGUCCUGUGUAUCAUCUCUUAACAAACCACUGACUUAGUAACUUACUUAUGAUAGCUUCACAUCUUAAUAAACGUCUUGCUCUGAUCGACGUGAUGCGCACCAAGGAAAUUUAAGAUACUUUAUGCCUUCUGUCAUUUUUCUGCACGUUACCUUUAGCUGUGGACAGUAUGCCAUAGGCCUUGAGAGUGUGAGUGUACUGUAUGAGUAAUGAAUUUAUUUUAAAAAACAACAGAAUGUCUACUUCACUGAGUCUUUUUAUCACACAUACUGAAUUUAACAUAGUCUAUGUGCUGGUUGUAUUGUUUUUUUCAAGCCUUACUGUUCUACUUUAACGAUUGGUUGUGAAUAGUCAUGUCGGCUCUAUUUCUCAAUCAUGUUGAGCUGUUGUCAUGACAGUUUGGAAAUAAACGCAAAGAAUACAGUCA